UCUUUCCUAUACAAAAACUAGUACUUGAAAUGGAAGACGGAGGACGAUUAGGGUUUCAGUAACCAUUGAUCACUAUUCUGAACGAUGAAGAACAUCGUGAAAUCCCCCGAAGAAGAUGCAGAUGCUUCUUCUCCAUUUAGUCGCUUACCUGACGAAAUCAUCCUCCAAAUUGUAAACAAAUUAAUCGAUUUGAAAGCCCUUUGCUUUUGCUAUCUCGUUUCCAAACGUUUCUCCUCGAUUGUACUUCAAGUCGAUGCCAUUUCCUUCACUUCUUCUAUGAUAGACGCUAACAUUCCCGAUACGAACACAAUCAGUGAUGUCGCCCGAAGUAGGCCGCGUCCGACAGAAGUUUCUUCGUUUUUUGGUGAGGCCUUUCUAUCUGCAAAAGGGUUUUUGAACAAGUUUAAAGGGGUGAAGUCCUUAUAUAUCGAACUUCCAUCUGUCGGUCACAGAGCUAUUGAUAAUCGUUGUUUGUUCAAAUGGAAGGUUAAGUUCGGUAAGAAAUCUGUAUCGUUUAUAUUUCUGUCACCGAAUUCAAUUUGUGAUAAGGAUGGAUUCUAUCUCAAUGGGAAUGGGGAUGAGGAAGAAGACGUCGAUUUAACCAGUGAUUUGAUUAAGAAGAAAUUUGCCAUUUCGAUUUGGUGUAUGGAGGAUGUGAUGGCGUGGUAUAUUAUGUUUUUGCACCUUCUUGAUAAUCUACCAAUGCUGGAAGGUGUUUCCAUUACUGAUUCAGGGAGAAGAGGGAGGUUUUCUCUGAAUGGGGAAAAACUCAGUGAGGUGAAGCAAUGGUGGUUACAUCCACCUUUGGAACCUAGGAAAGAGCUUUUAGGGAUUCCUAAUAUGGUGAGUAAGUGUUACAUUCCUGUUUUGAACUUGCCAGUUUCUGGGUACAUGAUGAAGGGGAUAUUUUGUGCUCUAAUGGAGUCGAAAAAUCUAGAUGGUGAAAUUGAUGGGCUUUUGAAUAGUGAAGAUGGUUUUGAUGAUAAAGAAGAGGCUGCAUAUAUUGAAGCUAUGAAGGAGGUUUUAGAGAAACAUAGGGGUUUGAUGGACUGAUGCAGAUGUCCAUGUUGUAUGAAUCAGAUGGAGGCUUUUGGAAUUAGUGUGAUAUUCGAACGAAUUUUGUUUUCUAUGGUUUCUAUGUUUGGUAUUUCGAUUCAAAGAGAAGAUGAAUAUUGGUGUUUUUUGAAAUUGGAUUUUAUUGUCACUUGAUAAUGGAUUUUUGAAUUUGAUUCUUUGAAGAAUUAAAUUUCGGUUGUAGAAAUCGAUGCUCUUUCAAUUCGAUAGAAUUUUGUCUUGUGGAUGUGAUGGGUGAAGAUUCGUUGUUUUUUGAUGGUCUGUGAUGUUUUUUAUUUUGUUAUCAACGAAACUGGGUGCUUUCGUUUUGGUCAAAAUUUGAUUGUUUGACUUUGAAAUUGGAGCUUGAAUGGAUUUCAAUCACAGUUUAUGCGAGUUUCGCUUGACUUGAGUUUCGAUCGAUAGUGAAAAUAAGUUGGAAAACGGUUUCUAAAGCUGUUGAUGAUGGGUGAAUGAAUGAAAUUAAUGGCGGUGGACAAAAACAAACGAUAACGAGAGUUGGGUAUUAAGCAAAAUUCUUGGUCAAACGGAAACGUUCCCACAGAGAAAAUAAAGUUAGUUUUGAUAGUUUGCGGAUGGGUGGAAGAUGGAUUGAAAUUGUUUAUGGUAGUGAUGAUUAUGGUUUGGAGAAUUGGCUUUGUUGUUUAAUGGGAUGGUGGUCAGUAGGCGGAUGGUGGUGGUUGGUUGUUGGUAGUCGGUGGUGGUGUUUUUGAAUGUUGAGAGAUGGAGAAUGGAUAUGUAUACAUGGAUAAUGCUUUUUGAUAUUACAUAUUUUAUAUUUUUAGAAGUAGAAAUACGUAUUUUGAU